GCCCUACUUAUGAUCUGUAUAAGAGCUCCAGCAGAAGAAGGUUGAAGACAGGCAAAGGAACUAAGCAGAAUGAGGAACCCAAACAGUUCUUCUGCCUCUUAUCCCUUUCUUCUCCAAAUUCUGCUUUUCUUUCUCUUUCUGUUGCAAGCUCCCACUUUUGCUGACAAAAAGCCAUAUAUUGUGUACUUGGGAUCUCACUCUCAUGAUCCACACUUGUCUUCCACUGAUUUUCAUGUCAGAAAGUCCCACUAUAAGUUUCUGGGAUCCUUUCUGGGAAGUUCUGUUGCAGCAAAAGAAUCGAUCUUUUACUCAUACACGAGACAUAUAAAUGGUUUUGCUGCGACUCUGGAACAAGAUGUGGCAGAGGAUAUAGCCAGGCAUCCCAGAGUAUUAUCGGUGUUCUUGAACAGAGGAAGAAAAUUACACACAACGAGAUCAUGGGAUUUCAUGGGAUUAGAACAUAAUGGAGUGAUCUCUUCCGGCUCAAUCUGGAACAAAGCCAGAUUUGGUGAAGACGUAAUCAUAGCCAACCUCGAUACUGGAGUGUGGCCUGAAUCAGAGAGUUUCAAUGAUGAAGGAUAUGGACCAAUUCCUUCCAAGUGGAGAGGUAUCUGCCAAAAUCACUCUGAUCCCACAUUUCACUGCAACAGGAAGCUCAUAGGGGCAAGGUACUUCAAUCAAGGGUAUGCGUCAGUGGCGGGAAAACUAAACGAAUCGUUUGACACGCCCCGUGACAGCGAGGGUCACGGCUCUCACACCUUAUCUACCGCCGCCGGAAACUUCGUUUCCAACGUCAGCAUCUACGGCCAAGGCUUUGGUUCCGCCAAGGGUGGCUGCCCGAGAGCCCGCGUUGCUGCUUACAAGGUGUGCUGGCCGCCGGUGAGAGGCAGCGAGUGUUUCGAUGCAGAUAUAUUGGGAGCCUUCGACGCGGCAAUUGAGGAUGGCGUCGACGUCAUAUCGGUGUCGUUGGGAGGAACGUCCUCCGAACUGUUCAAUGAUAGCGUUGCCAUAGGGUCGUUCCAUGCGGCCAAGCGAGGCAUUGCGGUGGUGUGUUCCGCCGGUAACAGUGGGCCAGACGAUGCUACCGUUGAGAAUCUCGCACCGUGGUUCCUCACCGUCGCUGCCAGCACCAUGGAUAGACAGUUCCCAGCUUAUGUUAUUCUUGGCAACAACCUCACGCUCAAGGGAGAAAGCUUGUCAGCUGCAAGUUUGCCGCGCAACUUUUACCCAGUUAUCACUAGUCUCGAUGCUAAAAAGCCUACAGCAAAUGCUGAGGACGCGAGGUUGUGCCAGAAUGGAACACUAGAUCCGACAAAGGUGAAGGGGAAGAUAGUGGUAUGUCUGAGAGGAGAAAAUGCAAGAGUGGACAAAGGAGAACAAGCUUUACUUGCAGGUGCUGUUGGAAUGGUUCUUGCAAACGAUAAGAUUAAUGGCAAUGAAAUAAUUGCUGAUCCCCAUGUCCUCCCUGCUUCUCACAUCAAUUACACUGAUGGCAUUUCAAUCUUCACUUACGUCAACUCAACAAAGUCCCCUGUGGCUUAUAUUAUGCACCCAACAACAAAGUUGCAUGCGAAGCCAGCCCCAUUCAUGGCAGCAUUUUCAUCAAAAGGACCCAAUCCUGUUAUACCAGAAAUCCUAAAGCCUGAUAUAACUGCACCUGGAGUUUCAGUUAUAGCCGCCUACACAGAAGCUCAAGGGCCAACUAACCAGCCGUUUGACAGCAGAAGAAUUCCAUUUAAUUCAGUCUCAGGCACUUCAAUGUCAUGUCCUCAUGUUUCAGGCAUUGUUGGCCUUUUGAGAACACUUUAUCCUUCAUGGACUCCUGCUGCUAUUAAAUCUGCAAUCAUGACUACUGCUUCAACACACGAUAACGAGGUGGAGCCGCUGCUUAAUGCUUCUAACUGCCAGGCAACUCCAUUCAGUUAUGGAGCAGGUCACGUUGACCCCAAUAAAGCAAUGGAUCCUGGUCUUGUUUAUGAUGCAACAAUCAAUGAUUACUUGAACUUCCUAUGUGCGUUGGGUUACAAUGCCUCACAGCUUUUAACUUUCACUGAAGGCCAUUAUUAUAAAUGCGACAAGAAAAGAUCAAGUAUCCUCAACCUCAACCAUCCUUCCAUUACAGUCCCUAAUCUCAAUGGGUCUGUCACAGUCACAAGAACCCUAAAAAAUGUCGGUUCUCCAGCAACUUAUAUGGCUUACCUUCAAAACCCGCGUGGGAUUUCCAUUUAUGUGAAGCCUAAUGUCUUGAAAUUCAAAAGGGUUGGUGAAGAAAAGAGCUUUAAAUUGAUCAUGAAGGUUGAGGAACACUCAACAGCAAAGAACUAUGUGUUUGGGAAGCUGAUAUGGUCUGAUGGGAAGCAUCUUGUGAAGACUCCAAUUGUGGCGAAGGCCAUCUAACUCUAGAAAUAGAAAUGGUUGACUAGAGAUUAGAGAUUGGAAUUUACUUAAAUUAACUCUAUCAAUCUAAAAUUGUGAUAUAGACGAAGUAAAUGAAAUUUACUUAAAUAAUGGGCCUCACAACAUGUGUAGAUCUUACACGUUGUGCACAUUUUCCCCCAAGUUUGACUUUAUCAAUUUUGUAAGAAAUCGAGAUCGGAGGGUCUAAUUGUAUUGGCUAGAUUAUGAUAAUUUGCUUCAUUAAUUUCAAUGCCAUCUUUUUUCGGGUGAGUGUUGGAUAA